GAUGGUUUUGUCCGUUACAUUCAGGACUCUCACACAAGUUAACUUCAAUUUGGAAUUGAAUGAAGAUCAGACGAUUGCGGAAGUAAAGGCUCUGGUCGCUUCGGAGAAAGGGGAUGAUUAUGCUCCAGAACUUCAAAAAUUAAUCUACAACGGAAAGAUUCUCGACGAUUCUGUGAAGGUCGGAGAAGUCGGAUUCGAUUCUUCGAAGUUCGUUGUUGUGAUGCUCAGCAAAAGGAAAGUCACAGAAGUUGCACCUUCAUCUACCGUUGCCACAGCUGCUGAGCCUGUUCCAGUAGCUGCCGCUCCUGCGUCAAACCCAGCCCCAGCUGCCGAUGUUGCUCCUGAAGCUGCUGCUCCUGCUGAGGCGGAGGCGCUUACGGAUGAGCAAGAAGAGAACGUUCUCGCAAUCACUGGAAUGGGCUAUGACCGUGAACAAACUAUCGCUGCUCUGCGCGCAGCAUUCUGGAAUCCAGACCGCGCAGUCGAGUUUCUUCUCAACGGACUUCCUGAUGAUGCUGCUGACCAAGAACCAGAUUUGGGGCCCGAGCAAAACAUCGAUAACGUGGAUGAGGAUGGCAAUGACGAUCUUAACAUGCUUGCAAACAUGCCACAGCUUGCAGAAAUUAGAGCUUUGAUUCAACAAAAUCCUGAAAUGCUCGCCGCAGUCCUUCAGCAGUUGGCUGCUGUCAACCCAAGACUUGUUCAGACUAUUCAGAACAACCAGCAAGCUUUCAUGGAUCUUUUGAAUGGUGGAGCUCAAGGAGCCGGAGCCGCUGCAGGAAAUGCGCCAGAAAGAAACACCCCACGUCGCCAUGUUAUCCAUCUCAGUCCCGAAGAAGCUGCUGCUAUUGAGAGAAUCAAAGCCAUAGUUGUUAAUGCACCAGAAGCUGUGGUUGUGGAGGCUUAUUUCGCAUGUGACAAAAACGAGGAAGCCGCUAUCAACUUUAUUUUCAGCAACCUCGAUGAGGAAUAAUUAUCUUACCCAUGCCAAUAACUUCUGAUCACCGUCACUGGAAAUUGCAACAGAAAUUAAUUUAUUCUCUCUCCCCCAUUUCCGUAAAGCUUAUAUUCUUGCUCCUAUCAGCCUAAUUUUUUUAUUAACACUUCUUCCAAGAAUGUGUAUUCAUCGCCUUCUCGAUUGCCCUUUGUCUAUAUAUUUAAGAUAAUAACACAUUCAGUUCCAUGUGCUGAUUGUCACCCGCUACUGGUAGGCACUUCGUUGAAAUUCUCGUCGCGUUCAGCGAAUUUUGUGUGACAUAAUUUCGGUAUUGUAAUUCCCUUUUGUCAUCCAACAUUUUCAAAUGAAAGUCAAAUGUUUU